ACCCAUAGUUCCAUUUUGUCCCCAGUCUCAAAACAAAGAUGGCGGCCGUGGUCAGAAAUGGCAACGUUUGUUUUGCAAUUUUUGGUAAAUUUAGAGGAUUUUCUCAGCGAUUUGGAGCAGCAGCGUGCUCUAGGCAAUGUAGUACAGUCACGGAGACUACAGAAGAGGAGCUCUGGCGGCAAUAUCACGAUACAAAUCAACUAGCACAGCAACAAAAACCCUUGUGUAAGAUCAACCCCACCUCGGUGUUUGCCAACAAUGAACUGUGCAUGGGAGAUGUGGAGGUGUACGGGUUUGACUAUGACUACACGCUGGCUCACUACACGGACGAACUCUACCCUCUCAUCUACAACCUCGCUAAAGAAAGGCUGCUCAUGAGAAACAAGUACCCAGAAAGUAUCAUGGCUCUAGAGUACAUUCCCGGGUUUGCGGUGCGAGGCCUGCACUACGACAUUGAGAAGGCACUCCUGAUGAAGAUAGACGCUUUCCACCAUAUCCAGCUGGGCACUGUAUUCAGAGGCCAUCAGCAAGUGAGUGAUGCGGAAGUGUUUAGCCAGUAUGAUGGUACACAUGUCCCUGUGGACUACAUGAGCUCCUUCCAUGGCAGGGGUAAACAGAUGGUACAGCUGAUGGACAUGUUCUCUCUAUCUGAGAUGGCACUACUGUGUGACAUCACUGAGUUUUUCCUCAAGAAUGGGAUAGAGUAUGAUCCAGAGUACCUCUUCUAUGAUGUUAAGAAUGCAGUCAUAUCAGUGCACCUCAGUGGGGACAUGCACAAAGCUGUGGCAGAAGACAUGGACAGAUACCUAGAGCGUGGAGAAGAGAUAGCACAGUUGCUACGCAGACUGGCUGGGGCUGGGAAAAAACUCUUCCUCAUCACUAACAGCCCCUUCUGGUUUGUCCAGCGAGGUAUGGAGUACAUUGCUGGGCCCAGCUGGAUGGAGAUGUUUGAUGUUGUCAUUGCUGAGUCCAGGAAGCCAAAAUUCUUCACUGAUACAAAAAGACCGUUCCGAGAAGUCAGUAAGACAUCGGGUACCUGUAAGUUUGAGAGGGUGACGAGUCUGCGGAAGGGACAGGUGUAUAUCCAGGGUAAUCUUCAGGACUUCCGCCAGAUGACAGGAUGGUAUGGUGCCAGGGUGCUGUACUUUGGGGACCAUGUCUACAGUGAUUUAGCGGAUCCAUUCCUGAAGCAUGGCUGGAGAACUGGUGCAAUUAUCCCAGAACUGGAGGAUGAGAUCAAGAUCAGCAACUCCACCAGCUAUAAGGACACUAUCUCCUGGUUACUGGCACUACAGGGGCUGAUUGAGAGCCAACAGAAGAGCAGACAUGAUGAGGCAGUGCAGGCUGUGGUACAGGAGUGGAUGAAGGAGAUGAGAGAACUCAGACAUUACACAAAGGAUAUCUUCAACCCCCAGUUCGGCAGCCUGUUCCGGACCCACCACAACCCCACCUACUUUUCCCGCCGCCUCAUGCGAUUCGCCGACAUCUACACAUCGUCUGUCGCCAACCUCCUCCACUUCCCGAUCGACUACACGUUCUACCCGCGCCGGUCCGCGCUACCUCACGAGAUCAACUACGACUCCUGAGUCUGGAAGGGAUUUUAAAGGCAGAUUUUAAAAGCAUGCAAUGCACACGGACAAUAAGUGUUUAUUGUCUUACAUCUGAUAUGCAAUCUAUAACGGUGCACACACCAAUUCUUCCGCAACAGGGGUCCGAGAUGUCCGCAACAAAAAUGUAACGAAAGGGUUUUGAGGGUCUGGGUUUGAGUUCAAAUUUGUCAUAAUCUGCUGCGAAGUGGCAUUUAAUACUGGCAUGGCUGAAAAGCAUAAGAAGUGAUGUGUUUU